AAUGCAAAGAACUCUUCCUUAUUCUCUCACUUGCAAAGAACUCUUCCUUUAUAUCACAAGUAUCCCUAUACAAUUCAUCCAAUGUUGUUGAACUCUUCCUUUAUCUCACUUCCUAGUUUCUUCAAAUCUCAAGAACUAGGAAGAACUAAUCUUCUCAUUCAUAGAAAUGGUUCUCCACUUCUAUGUUACGCUACCAAUACAAAUGUUUCUCAAAGAAAAUCAGCCAAUUACCAACCCAAUAUUUGGAAUUACGAUAUCUUACAAUCCUUGAAACACGAUUACGAGGAUGCUCGAUACGUGGAUAGGAGUAGGAGGCUGCAAGAGGAAGUAAAAAGAAUGAUUAAGGAUGAAAAUGUAAAUAUUCUAGAGUUAAUCGAUACUGUGAAACAAUUAGGUCUCAGUUACCACUUCGAAGAGGAGAUAGGAGAAGCCCUUGAUAGGUUUUUGUCUUUGGAAAAAUGUAGUGGUAGAAACAAUUUUGGCAGAAGUCUACAUGAAACAGCCUUGAGAUUUAGGCUCCUUCGAGAAUAUGGUUAUGAUAUUUCACCAGAUAUUUUUGAGAAGUUUAAGGACCACAAUGGAAAUUUUAAGGCAUGUCUUGUCCAAGAUAUCAAAGGAAUGUUAAGUCUCUACGAUGCAUCAUUUCUAUCUUAUGAAGGAGAACAAAUUUUGGAUGAAGCCAAUGCUUUCACUAGCAUUCACCUCAAAGACCUUAGUGAAGGUAGAAGCAGUAUUCUCAUUGAUCAAGUGAAUCAUUCAUUGGAGCUUCCACUAUAUCGUAGAGUCCAAAGUCUUGAAGCUCGAUGGUUUAUUGAUUCAUAUGAAAAUAGGAAGGAUGCAAAUAAGGUCUUGCUUGAAGCAGCUAAAUUGAAUUUCAAUAUUGUGCAAUCAACUCUUCAACAGGAUCUUAAAGAGAUGUCAAGGUGGUGGAAGGGUAUGGGACUAGCCCCAAGGUUAAGUUUUGGUCGUGAUAGGCUAAUGGAAUGUUUCUUUUGGGCUGCUGGAAUGACACCAUUUGAACCUCAAUUUAGUAAUAUCCGCAAGGGUUUAACAAAAGUGUGCUCUCUAAUUACUUUAAUUGAUGACAUUUAUGAUGUUUAUGGCACCUUGGAUGAAUUAGAGCUUUUUACAACGGCAGUAGAAAGUUGGGAUAUUAAUGCAAUUCAAAUUCUUCCGGAGUAUAUGAAGAUAUUCUUCUUGGCACUUUACAACACUGUCAAUGAUUUCACAUAUGACACAAUUAAAGAAACAGGACAUGACAUUCUUCCCUACCUUGUCAAAGUGUGGUCUGAUAUGUUAAAAGCAUUCCUACAAGAAGCAAAAUGGUGUCACAACAAACACAUGCCAAAAUUUGAUGACUACCUCAACAAUGCAUGGGUGUCUGUGUCUGGUGUAGUUUUACUCACCCAUUCCUAUUUUUUGCUAAAUCGUAACAUAACAAAGGAGGGGCUUGGGUACUUGGAAAAUUGUCCUAUGUUGUUGCAGACACCAUCCAUAAUUUUUCGACUUUGCAAUGAUUUGGCUACUUCAUCGGCGGAGUUAGAAAGAGGUGAAGGAGCUAAUUCAAUUAUAUGCUACAUGAAUGAAAAUGGUGUUAGUGAGGAGGUUGCUUACAAACACAUCCAAAAUUUGCUUGAUCAAACUUGGAAGAAGAUGAACAAAGAUCGAGUUAUCAAUUCACCUUCCUCAAAAUAUUUUUCAGAGACAAUAAUCAACCUUGCUAGAAUUUCUCACUGCACGUACCAAUAUGGAGAUGGUCAUGGAGCCCCUGAUACCUUGGCAAAGAAUCGAAUAAAGGCAUUAAUACUUGAACCAAUUAAUUAAUUCAAAACAAUUGGUAUAUCCUAGGUAUAUAUUAGUAUUUAUCAAAGAAAUAGAAAUAAAGGUAUAUGUUAGUGUGAAGGUACAAAACUACAAAUCAAAUUUGAAGGGCCAAAGAAAAUGUACAGCUCCUACAUUAUACGUUAAGCUUUGUAUCAUAAAUUAAAUAUUGGGGUACAAAUGUUAAUUUUUGUAU